AUGUCGUCCAUUGCCUUGAAGAUCAAGAUCGAGAUAUCAGGCUGGACGAGAAAGUUCAUGAAAGUACGAACGAACCAGCCAGCAAGUAAACAAGCGCAGGAUGAUUGUGGAAACAUCGCUGAGGAAACGUCGAUGGAAAAUAAAAUGUUAAUCUAUGAACCUCUAACGUCGGCGGACGGGCGCCGCGGCAAGGGCACGUGAGCACUCUCACCCCUUUCUCUACGCGCCUAAGCCAUCUCCGUUUCCACUUCGACCCGAUUCUUCAGAUCUCUAAUUCUUUGUCUUGUACUGCACACCAAGAAGUUUGGUCGGGCGAAUCUAAUGUCGGAGAGAAGUAUCGAGACAAGCGUCUGA